GCUACGAUGUAUGUAAACUUAAAGAGUAACUUAGGAACAAUAGAGUGAAACAUUUCGUUUGCACGCGGUUUGCUAUUUCCGAUUUGUGAACAUUAUCUUUAAUUUACAGUUAUGCUGAUAAAUUGUGCCCUGUUUGGCUUUACUUUCAUGCUGACGGCAUUGCUACCGAAAGCAAAUGACAUUGGGAGAUGUGUAGAGAUGUGCAAGAGUGACAGUGACUGUAAUGGCACUCAGAAAUGCUGCUCUAACGAUUGCGGUCAUACCUGUCAAACACCAAUACCAGAUACAUGCAGUGGUUUUUGUGGAGGCAUUGCUGGCAUCCCUUGUCCUGUUGGCUUAACAUGCAAACUUAUGGGGAAGUUUCCAGACGCUGGUGGGAAAUGUUGUAUCGAUGAAUCAAUACCUAUUAGCGCAUGCCUGCUGCCUAAGAAGCCUGGUCCAUGCAAAGCUGCCAUUCCACGGUAUUUCUACAAUACAGAUACAUGUCAAUGCGAACCUUUCACUUGGGGUGGGUGUCGUCCCAACGACAACAAUUUUCUAAACCUCGUCCAUUGUCAAGCAUUAUGCGAGAAACCUAUGAAAAAUAAUGCUGUUUGUGAACUUCCAAAGAAGAUAUCAGGGCAUUGCAACCUACCAUCGGCCCAAGGACCAUGCAAUGGGCAUUUCCAGCGUUUCUUCUUUAACAUACAGACAUGUCAGUGUGAAGAGUUUAUCUAUGGCGGUUGCGGUGGCAACGAAAACAGAUACGAAACCUUGCAGGAAUGUCGAGCUGUUUGUGGAUCAUCGAUUAUGUGCCCAGUUUGUAACCUGCCAUCAGUUAAGGGACCAUGCGAAGAAAAACUAGACCGAUGGUAUUUUGACGUUGCUGAAUGUAAAUGUAAGAAGUUUCGGUACGGAGGUUGUGGUGGAAAUAUGAACCGUUUUCUGUCCAGAAAAGAUUGUGAGGGCUCAUGCGGAACAUUCCCUUGUCCAGUUUGCUCCGAACCAAUGAAGGUUGGGCCAUGUAAGAUGGCAAUAGAUAGAUUCUUUUACGACCCUUUAGCAAACAAAUGUAAAGAAUUCACAUGGGGUGGUUGUCUGCCAAAUGGCAACAAUUUUAGAAACAAGAGAUUAUGUAAUAAUGUCUGUAAAAAUUUUGUCUGUUCCCUCCCGGCAAAAGCUGGACCAUGCGAAGCCGCGAUAGAGAGAUAUUAUUAUGACGCCGCUACCGGAAAAUGUCAAAUGUUUUUGUGGGGUGGAUGUGAUUCGAACGGAAAUAACUUCCGUUCUCUUAAGGCUUGCAAGAGAAAUUGCAUGCAAGAAGAAUGAGUUUAGGACUAUAAACAUAUAGAUGUAUAACAACAUAGCAAGAUAAUUGAUUUACAUGAUGUCAAAUACAUUUGUUUAAGUAACCGACGAAUAUUAUGUAAUGCGUCGAUUUAUGUUUUGUACAUUAAAAGUAUAAUUGUUCCAGAUAUAAUUGAUGAAGGACUGAAUGUGAUUUUGUUUAGACGGGUGUAAACAAUAUAGGAACUUCUGACAAAUCCAUGGAUCAUGCUUGCAAUAUGUAACUCAUGUGCUAAAUGUUCCAGUGUGGUAUAUACCCGUCUAAACACAAUAAACACUGUUCAGUCCUGAUAUUUACAUCUGUACAAUAAAAGCUUAUUACAAU